CGGCUUGUAAAGAAACUGCGGUGUAUUGUGGAAACAGACAUAAAAGAACGGAGAAACGUUUAAAAUAUGAAUUUAAUCGCUACUUGCACAUAAAAUUCGCUUUUUAUGCGCCUGUGUGAAAUUAUAUUGUUAUUAACGUUGUAAAUGAUCCGCGAGCUAUCAAGUUCACGAGUUUCUGCCAGAUGGAGAACUUUAUUCUGUAUGAGGAGAUCGGAAGAGGCAGCAGAUCAGUUGUUUAUAAGGGCAGGAGAAAAGGUAGCAUACAUUUCGUGGCCAUCAUCUGCAGUGAGAAAUCCAAGAGACCCGAAUCAACCAACCAUGUUAGACUUGCUCAUGAUAUCAAACAUGAUAAUGUGGUAUCUUUCUAUGAAUGGUAUGAGACCAGCAACCAUCUGUGGCUGGUGGUGGAGAUGUGCACAGGUGGAUCUCUGGCAGCACUCAUUGCUCAGGAUGAGUGCUUGUCUGAAGACAUAGUGCGAGAGUUUUCCAUUGACCUGAUAAAAGGUCUUAAACACAUCCAUGACUCUGGCAUCAUUUUUUCAGAUCUAACACCUGCAAAGAUAUUGUUAGAUGGACCAGGAACUCUGAAGUACUCUAGUUUCUGUCUGGCCAAAGCUCAAGGAGAGAGUCUGGAGGAGUUCUUCACUCUUGUAAUGGCAGAAGACAUAGGAGCUGGAGAAAGCAAAGAGAACAUGAUCUCUCUACAGAAAGACAUCAAGAGCAGAAUUAGAGGUUCUCCUGUGUAUUGUGCUCCUGAGGUGCUGAGAGGAGCAGACUCCGGUUUCAGCAGUGACCUGUGGGCCUUAGGCUGCAUUCUUUAUGAGAUGUUCACAGGAAAACCACCCUUUUUCUCUGACAGUAUGACUGGAUUAGUUGAUCUCAUUUUAAAUGAAGAUCAUCCACCCCCAAAACAGAAAGGGCCUUGUUUCUCACAGCCCAGUCCAGAGUUUGAGAGUCUGGUGACUGGUUUACUUCAGAAAGACCCAGUGAAAAGGUUAAGCUGGGACUCUUUAUCGUCUCACCCAUUCUGGAGGGGAGAAUGUUCAAAGACGCAUCCCACUUCAGGGCAAGAGGAUUUACCUCUGAUCUCCAGCCUGCGUUUGGCGUCUGGGCUCUCUCGGACAGCGGAGGAAGAGCAGACAGCACCUGCUGACCCAAGCAGUCCAAACCUCAGCAAGUCCUUCACGUUAGAUAAUGUAAUUGAGUUUAGACCAAAGUCUGCGCUGGACACUGAUACCAGAGAGGCCAUUUUCCUCCUCAGCUCCAGACCAACUCCAAGAACAAGCACUACUGCUAGAGAGAUGGAAGACAGAGGGCCUGAUGCUCAGGAGUCCAGUGUCCUGGCAGAGGAGCAAAGUGACCUGAACACCUGCAUUAAAGCUCUUUUAUACACAGACAGUGGCCUUACAGUGACGCCCAUCAUGGAUAACCCAAAGAUUUUAAAGGUGCCUCCAGUUCGCUUUGACCCAAAAACCCUUUGCGUAUCGGCACACUCAGCUGACCGGUUGUCAUCUCUGAGCUCAGAGGACUGGUGUCAGUUUCUGCAGCAGGUGUGUGCUGUUCUGGAGUCAGUGGACCGGGCUGGAUCGGCCAGCGCCACUGCAGCGCGUGCUAAACUCAACCUGCUCUGUUACCUGUGCACCGUGUGUAACCACAGAGAGACAGCCACACGCCUUAUACACUCCCAGCUGUUUCCUGUGCUGGUUCAACAGAUGCGACACGCUCCCAACUGGGAUGUAAGAAGCAAAGUGAUGAGAGCCAUUGGCUUGUUGGCCUCCCAUUGCACCGAGCUCAAAGAGGACGUUCCUAUCACAGAGGCGUCCUCCGGAGGUCGCGUUUGUCCGCCGCAGACGCCUUCGCAUACGACAUCCGGAGGACGCAGACUUCGAAAUGAGACACAGCUACAGUUGAUGAAGGCGGUGGCCAUGUUAACAGAGCUGCUCCGAGAGAACUUCAGGAGCAGCAAACUGAAGCAGUGCUUGAUUCCACCACUAGGGGAGCUGCUGUAUCUCAUCGCUACACAGGAAGAGAAGAAAGCGCGCCCAGGAGGAUUGUGGGUCGUUCCUGCUGCCGCCUACACCGUGUUAAUGAGGUGCCUUCGGGAAGGGGAGGAGUUAGUGGUGAAUCACAUGGCUGCCAAAACCAUCGAGAACGUGUGCAGUCGUGAAUCUCAGUGUGGCCAGGGAUUCAUCACUGCAGAGGUGGGGCCUGCGCUCUGGUACCUGUUCACUCACUCCACCGUGGAUGCGCUCAGAGUCAGCGCUAUAUCUGCUCUUUGUAAAAUAACACGGCACUUUGCUGGGGCCUUCCAGAGCGUGAUCGACCAGGUGGGAUUACCCAGCAUUCUCAGCUGCCUGGUGUCGGGCAUCAGCCGCGUCCAACAGCACAUGCUCACUAUGUUCGCUGCAAUGCUGGCAUCAGGAGCUCAUUCCCACAGACUGGUACAAGACCGGGACUUUGUUAUGAAGAUAAUCCGUUCUCUGGAGAGUCCGUCUUCAGUCAUCCGCGCCAAGGCCUUCCUCGUUCUCCUGCAGGUCCUUAUGAACAACCGAGAGAUGCUUCUGCUCUGCUGUAACUCCAGGCUGGUGAUGUAUAUUGAAAGAGACAUCCGAAAGGCCACGCCAGGGAAGGAGCAGCAAACCGGCAAUGAAUACCUGUCGAAAUGCCUGACCCUCUUCAUUCGUCACACAGUGCAUGAGCUGCCAGCCAUCCUGGAUGACAUCCUGUCUGCGCUAGGGUGCAUUGUGGGAAGGAAGCAUCCGUCUCCGACGCAGGCCCGUCAGCUAAAGCAGAGCCUGCCCAUGAUGGCUGUGGUGCUGCAUCUGCUCACCUCACAGAUUUUCCGACCACAAGUGGUGACUGAGGCCUUUCUCUGCAAAUUUGGGAAACUGCUGAAUCACAUAACCUCCAUUGACUCCAAUGAGACGAGUUUGGGAAGUGCUAUAGGUCAGGCAGCAUCUGAAGAACUGAUCCGAAACACGCUUUCUGCAGUGGAGGCCAUUUCCCAGCAUCCCGUUCUGCUGGGCAUAUAUCACCGCACAGUUGUGGAUUUGAUUGUACCGCCGUUGGCGUCUCUAGCCUUCAGUAAGAAUGUGGAGUGGCGUAUUGUGAGUCUGCGUGUGCUGUCAGAGAUCACGCUGCUGCUGCUGAGCCAAGAGGAGGUGGAUGAGCGAGAGAGGGAUGGAGGGAGAGAAAGAGAGGGAGAUGGUGAAAACACAUCCUCCAACACACGACUGCUGACGCUCAUCUCUGAGGCCCUGCUGCCACAAUAUGAGACUCUACUCCAGGAGCCAGACCCUGUUCCUGUGUAUGCGCUUAAACUGCUGGUGUCCCUCACGGAGCACAGCCCACCUGUCAGCAGGCUUGUUAGAGAGAGCCGUCUCCUGCCUGCCAUCUUUCAAGUCAUAGAGGAGCACCAGAAUAAUGUCCUUGGCGGCACGAUGCAGAACGCCACGGCUCUCCUCUGCAAUCUGAUUGGACAGAAGGGCACAGACCUCCGACCGUUCUACCAGCAAGGUGUAAUUGAGGUGGUGUGUAAUGUCUUUGUGGAAGUCUCGGGCUUGUACCUGGAGAAAGAGCAGCACUCGGGGCUGAAGAGCUGCUCUGCUCUACUCCUGUGUCUGCUGGACAUCAUCCUCUGCCUUCUCAAACAUCUCUCAUCUGUAGUCCGGCUGGCCCUGCAGAGAUCAGAUAAUAAUGAAGACACUGAGGCUGCAGAAGAACUACUGCUCAUCCACAAGCCACUGACAGAACUAAACAACCUCCUCAUUCAGCUGUUGGCGUGUAAUGACAGUGAGGUGUACGAGGAGACCAGUUCCUGUGUGUCUCUGCUGGCUCAGCUGUAUGGAGGAGAGGGAGCCGACCGCUUGCAGCCGGAGGAGCUGCUCAGCCUGGCACACGCAUUACAGACACACACUGAACCCAGACAGCAGAAACUGCUGCUCCGAGUGCUCAAACGCAUGACGAGUGCAGUUGGCAGCUCCUGUUGGGGUUCUUCUGAAGGUCAGAACCUGGUUCACACGCUGCAGAGACUGGCCCUGCCUACCAGGCACCAUUCUGACAUGAAGGUGGAAUCCAUCGCUGCAGAGAUUCUGAAGGUCAUUGGAUCCUAAGACCAAACUUGUUUCCUCUCUUGGUAUUUAAUGUAUAUUUUUUGUACUGGGAUCAUUCUUUAAUUGAAAAAAAAAAUAGUCACUUAAGUCAAAGACUAAAUAGCACAGAGCUUGUAAUCCAAAUGUUGAAUUUAGUUACAUGUUAGUAAUUUAAACUUUUUAUACCAAUGGUUGGUUUUUAAUGUAUAUUUUUGUACUUGGGAUCAUUUUAAUUGAUAAAAAAAAAUGUAAUUUAAGUCAAAGACUAAAUAGCAUUAAGCUUGUAAACCAAAUGUUGUGCUAGUUAUUGUAGUUGAAUUUAGUUACAUGUUAGUCAUUUAAACUUUUUAUACCAGUGGUUGGUUACAGUUCUAAACGACUUAAUCUGUAUUCCAGAAAUCAAUUAAAAAGAACACAAAGAGAUUAAAUUUAAAGUCCAUUUUAUUGUUUAGCCAGGUCAUAACCAUGUCUCCCAUCAACAUCGCAGGCUACAAUAAUUUGGGGUUCUUUUCAAAACCUUUCUAAAGCUACUGUCAAAAAAAGCGAGGGAAAAAUCAAGACAAAAGAAAAAAAAUGGCCCCAACUGAUUGCAAACCCUUUUGGAACAUCUGGGAUUUUAUUAAAGCAUGAGAGCUGAUAUUUGGACUUUCAAUUCUUGGUUUUAUACAAAAGCUACACAAUGUUACAUUUGAUCAGAAUACAAUUCAACUGAUUAAUUAGUGUUCUACACCAUAAACUUGAUAAAAUCUCGAUGGAUCAUUAACACUAUAACUCAACACUAUGAGAGAGAAAGCGAGAGAGAGACAGUUGAAAGAAAUACAAAGUUCUGCAAAAUAAAAGACGAUUAUCAUAAAGCAAGCUAGAGAGGUACCAUUACAGACAGAAAUAUCCUUUAAAAAUAAAAAAGGUAAUAAAAAGUACAGGCAAUGCUAAGGUUGAAAAUUCCAUCUUAGGAUUUGCUUUUUGGGCUUUCUUCUGUCAAUCACACCAAUUUCCAACCAAGAGCAGAACAAUGUUUUACUUCCACGUGUUCCCAUAGGAAACUCGGCUUGUAUUAGUGUGUCAGGCACUUUCAGAGAAACUAGCCCACUCUCUUGAGCCCGCUCAGCAACUCUACAGGCCAAAAUCACAAUGCAGGUUCAUUCAGAUCAGACGAUACAGCU